AUGCCUAUCCCGACCGCCGACAUCUUGGACAAGGAGCGCCAGAACAACACGCACGCGACAGCCUCCGCUAGCUCCUCAGCUGAAUCAAACAAUGGCAACCACGGCCUCGGAUCUGGAUCAAGCACUACCAGUGAUGCGUCGCGAAAUUCACAACUUGCCGAGGGAGAUCGGACUCUGAGCAGAGAAGAGGCUGAUCGCCUCUACGAGGAGCGCAUGGAGGAGGAAUACGCAAAGAGAGAAGGCGGUGCAUAG